AUGAACUAUUCCGCACAGUCUCAACUCCCACCUUACCCUCCUCCAUAUACAGCAGCCCAACCGCGAGUACAGGAGGACUGGGAAGACUGGGAGGACGAUGACCACAUUGCGCCAAUCCACGCCGGCGAGCAGGCCUCGACCGGCUUCACCCCCGCGCAUCGUGUAUCAUCUCGAACUUCCAAGCUUUACGGACAACGAUCAUCGAGAGUCUCCGCUGCUAGAGCCACACGAGUCAAGUCUCGACAACGCCAAAAGGCCCAAAAUGCCAAGGCAGGUAUCAAGCUCAUUACCGACAUGUCUACUUUCCGACGCCAGACCAACUUCGGCCAUACCAGGCACACACCAGUGGGUCGUACUGGAAGAUUCGUUGAUGCUGCUGCCCUGAGGGCUCUGGAAGGAGAGCCAAACUCGGCUUCAGUAGGAAACUGGAACUGGUUCAAGAGGGGCAAGGAUCAAAGUCCAGCGACCGCCUCGCCUCAACAACUAUCGGCCCAGUCAGCACGAACUCUGGACCCAAAGCUCUCACCAGAUGACCGACCCAUCGUGAUUGGCAUUUCUCUUUCGUCUGAAGAGGCAAAUGGUUCCGUGGGAGGCUACAAUACUUCACCAACCCCUAUCGAGACUCCUCAUCCCGAACCUCCUCGGCAACAACCGGCGCCUGAUAACCUCGCUGCUCCUGCUCCUACUUCCAAGCCACUUCCCACUGCUGCUCAACAAAAGUCAGUAUGGUCGCCUGAUACCCCCGAUACUGCCUCCUCGUUCAGCACGAUCCGCUAUGCUUCGAGCAUCUAUUCGCAAUUCCCAGUCCCCCCCGAUAGCGACGCCCCUCCAGUACCAGCGGUUCCAGAAAACUUCAAGAAGGCACAAAACAAUCGGCAUGUUAGCAUCGACAUGGGCGGUAACGCUCCCGAGGACUCGGAUAGCGGGACCCCAUGCACCCUCUUUGAAGAGGAUGGAACCUCAAGCCCACAGAAACAGUUGAAGACCAAGUCACCCGGAGUGACCCCAGACAGCGCUGGUUCCAAGACUCGCGGGUGGUGGGAUCAUCAUGUUGUCACUCCCUUCAUGGACAAGAGGCUCACCUUUACGACCGCUUUGAAGCAGACCUUUGAAUCACCCAAAGAUAUUCGCAUUGAUGAGUGGUGGAACAAGGUUGAGGACAAGCCCCAGCCGAAACAAAUCCAAAACCCGAAUUCAAACCCGAACCUGUACCUCACGCCGAACCUGCUGCUUGGUCCAUUCCAGACACCCAUCGUCAAGGAGCCCAUGCCACGUCGAACGCCCUCGCCUCGUAUCGAAAGCAUAGCUGAGUCUUCUUCUGGCCCUUCAACCGCCCGGUCAUCCCCAGUCCCCAACGCAACCUCGAGCAUUAUGAAGCCGCGGAUUGUCAUCACGUCAGAGGUUAUGUCUGACGUGCCACCCCCAUACUCACCUCCGCCAAAAAAGACUGAAGGCACGCCGAUCAAGUACGCGGCUGUGCUGCCACCUGGACAUGCUCUCCAGACCCAAUUUCCACCAUCUCCUGGACCCACGUCUCCCGGGCCUAUGUCCCCGGGUCUUGCCUCAACCAUGUCCUCUCAGAGGGGUACUCAUUUGCAAGAAGUCCCAUUGACGCCUGCUCCUCGCGAGAACGUUCGGGACAAUAUUCGACUCUCGCAGAUGCCGCUCCCAACACGGCCGAUUGGAACCUUUGUACCCCAAGAACAUUCGCUUGCUGAUGGGACGCAAAUGACCAAGGUCGAGCGUACACGACGUCGACACGAGAAGGAAGACGUGGUAGCCCGACGCUUGGGUGGUUUCUGGAGGGGCAGGGGAUGUAUCCCUAAGGAGGGCUGCUUUGGUCGAACUGGUCGGGAGGGACGCAAACGUCGACGGGUUUGGAUGAUUGUGGCUGGCGUCAUUAUUGCUCUGAUGAUUCUGGCGAUCACACUAGGAGUUGUUUUGAGCCGCCCCCACCACAAGAAGGAACUCCCCUCGAUUUGGGUCAACCUGACAGAUUUCCCUCCUAUGCCCACAGGAGGUCUGACGGUGGUUGGACCAGACAAUGUUGUGGCCAAGUCUGGCUGCACUGAGCCCUCGACCAUGUGGAGCUGUGCUCUCCCCAAGGAGCAGCACAAGUCGGUUUCCCCUUACAAGCCUACCCAGCCGACCAUCAUGAUGCAGAUCCAGUGGGACAACAGUACACGCAAUGAGUGGAAGGUUCCCAACGGAGACCCCCCUUCAGCCAAGCACCGCCGAAGUAUGGGUAUUGCGGCGCGUGCGAGCAGCUUGAUCCGAGAGCGACAGACAACCGACUUUGAACCCAGCCCUGACCAGCCAAACUUUCAGGAGAUGUGGUUCUUGGGCAAUACGACUGACGACAUCAAGUCGAAGGAGAAGGCAGGUGAAGCAACGCCUUUCUACAUCAGCCUGGUGGAUUCUAUCGAGACCCAGGAGACCAAGGAGCUGGUUAAGCGUGAUAGCUCACCGGAAGUCAAGGUCAACCUGACUGACGCUCUUCCGCCGCCUGAGCUAGAUACAGACGGCAAACCCAAGCCAGCUGUGUUGCUGCCAAAGCCUGUGCAGCAACCGGUGCGGCUCUACGACCGUGGUCUCCCCACCGAGCACUACGGGUUCUACACAUACUUCAAGCGAACCAUCUACCUGAAAUCGGUAACGGUUCUCAACAACACUGAUGAGGGUGACAUUCCAUUGGACGAGGAUGGCGGCUGCGGGGAGACUGAGGCCGACUUCCUCACCACCUGGAGCGAGACACGGCUGUUGGUCCAAAUCUGGACACGCAAGCUCGCAAGCAACACAUCAUCGCUACUCGAGCCUAAGGGCAUGGGUAGCAUCGAUGGUUCCACGGAGCUGAUCCGACCAGGCACAAUGCCGUACCCGGUGACAGUGACCAUGGAUACACACGGCGGAGACCGGGGGAAGAAGUUUGUGUGGGCGUGGCCGAUUAACAACCGGCAGCAGGUAGAUGAGGGCAAUCCCAAGUUGCUGGCCAACAACAUUGCCUACGGUGGAACAUGGAUCAACAAGCGAUCAGACGGGGACGAGAAGUUUGGCGGAUUCGACGGCGGGACCGGAGGAUGUAAAUGCCAAUGGCGCCGUAGCCGCUCCCUCGUGACGCUCGCCAUCGAGACGUCCUGCGACGACACUGGAGUCGCCAUCCUCCGACACACACCCAAGUCGACCGAGCUCCUCUUCAACGAGCGCAUAUCAUCCGACAACCGCGCCUUCAAGGGAAUACACCCACUGGUCGCCGUAAAAGGCCAUAGCUCUGCGCUGGCACCCCUCGUCCGCCGCGCCCUCGACGCUCUGCCUGACCAUGUCGGUGAUGGAAGGCAUUGCACUGCGCCUGGUGGUGCUCGCAAGCAGAUUCCGGACUUUGUCUCGGUGACGCGUGGGCCUGGGAUGCGCUCUAAUUUAGGGAUUGGGAUUGAUAUGGCAAAGGGACUUGCUGUUGCUUGGGGUGUGCCGUUGGUGGGGGUUCAUCAUAUGCAGGCUCACGCCUUGACACCUCGUCUGGUGAGAGCGUUGGGUAUGAGCAUGGGAGAGAAGGAGACGGAAGGGAGGACUCGAUCUGGACCCGAGUUUCCUUUCCUGUCUCUUCUCGUCUCCGGAGGACACACACAGCUCGUCUACUCCUCCGGUCUCACCGAUCACGCCAUCCUCGCCACGAGCGGCGAUAUUGCCGUCGGGAACCUGCUCGACCAGACAGCCCGCGACAUACUCCCCGCGGACGUCUUUGACUCGAGCGACCACGUCAUGUACGGUCGUCUCCUUGAGGCUUUUGCCUUUCCUCCGAGCGAGGACAUGGAGUCUGCUUACGAAGCUGUCUUUACGCCGCCAGCCUCGCGGGCUGCUGAGAUGGAACCACCUCCGUCAGGGCAUGACUGGGUUGUGCCGACACCGUUUAGGCAGAGUCGUAAGCUUGCCUUUUCCUUUAGCAGUAUAUACACGCAUGUGCACAAUAUUGCUACGGAAUCAGGCUCAUCUAUGUCUAUGGUUGAGCGCCAGAAACUGGCACAACACACCAUGAUGGCAGCGUUUACACAUCUCGCGGGUCGGCUAUGCGUAGCCUUGGAGGAUAGACCAGAGCUGUGUGAGGCAAAGACACUCGUCGUGGCUGGCGGCGUGGCGAGCAAUCGUUUCCUCAUGCACGUUCUUCGACGGAUGCUGGCAGUUCGUGGGUUUGAACAUUUACAAAUCGUAGCACCACCUGUUGAGCUCUGCACCGACAACGCCGCCAUGAUUGCGUGGACGGGCAUGGAGAUGUUCCAGGCCGGUUGGGAGUCUGAGGUGAACAUCACGGGGAUUGGAAAAUGGCCUAUGGACCCGGAGCAUGGGGAGGGCAUAUUGGGCGUUGAAGGUUGGGUGAGACGAGAGUCAUGA